AUGAAAAUAUUAAUUUUUAUUGCUAUUUUUUUUGGUUUAGCAAACUGCAGUAUAGUUUUUGCUAAUGCCUCUUAUGGAAAUGAGUCUUAAAAAACUGUAAACAUAGUUUUAGAUGAAUAAUUCAGAACGUUGAUGCAUAUUGAUACUAUUGGAGAUAUUCAUGUUGCUUUUGACUUAAAUAGUUCAAUUACUUAUUUUACAUCAAAUGAUUGUGAAGACUGUUUAUUUUAUGGAUAAGAAAGUGAAAUAACUCCAUACUAAUGUUAACCUUAAAAUAAUUGUAUCAAGUAAAGUGAUUUUACUGGUCUAUAAAUUGGAGAUUAUAUUGCAAGUGGAGACAUAAUUGCUUUACCUAUGGUCUUAGACAGAAUUAUCUUUUAUUUAGAAGAGGUUUAUUAUGUCAAAAAAUUAACUCCUACAACUUUAAAUCCCUCAACAUACUAAUCAUAGUAAAUAGGUUUACUUAUUGCUAGAGAUAACUAAAAAGUUUAUGAUAGUUAAAUAUUUAAUUCACUCGCUAAAUAGGGCAAAAUAGAUAAAAUUAGCUAUUCUUUGUAUUAUUCUGAAAAUAAUUACCACUUAACAAUUCCUGGAUAUGACCGUAAGUUAAUAUCUUAAUAUUUUAAUGAUUUAUCUCUUGGAUAUUCAAAAAUCUCUGAAAAAAUAAUUCAAUACGAUUUUAAUGCUUCAGUUGAAUUUUGUGGAAAAAAUAUUGUAGAAUUAGUCAGCGUUGAAAUAAAUCCUAGAGUUGACGAUACUCUUUUUUCAUUGAAUGAAAACUAUUUUAACAACUUUAAAUAAAUUAUUGAAGAAUAAAGGCUUUUGCCAGAUCUUUCUUUAUUUACUGCUUAGAAUUAAAGCAAAUGGAGUAAAUUAAUAGAUUAAUUUACUUUUAGCAUCAAAUUAAAUAUUGAUUAGAGUGGAAACCUUCCUAAACCUAAGAAUUUUGAAUUUUUUUAUCCUGCUGAUUAAUUCAUGAUGAAAAAAAGUUCUGAUUCUGAAAAUUAUUAUACGAUCAGAGUUAAUUUUGUAAAAGAUUUAAAUCGUAUAACUUUAGGAAAGCGCAUUCUAAGUAAAAUGCUUUACUACAUCUACUAUGAUGAAUAAAAAAAUAUUAAAAUAGCCUUAGCUCCUUUAAAACCAAAAACUCUUCUCAGAUAAACCUCAUAUAAUUGA